CGCAUCAGGCAGAAACCGUUAGCUCAGCUCCGAGCAACGGUUUAUUGUGAGCUAAUAUUCGUUAGUGCGGCUUAUUUUUAUUAAAAUAUACAAUAUAGUUUGUUUAAAUACAGUUAUUUCGGUGUGUGCGUGUUGUUUUUAAUGUAACAUUAGCUGCUGUGGUGUUUAUCCCCACAUCCUCCUCCUCCAUCCAUCCAGUCAUGACCGUUUAAUCUGCUGCAUCCUCCGUCAGACUGAAGGAAAAAGGAUUUAAUUCAUUAUUCUCUUAUAUUUCACAAGAGCUGUCGGGUGCAGAAGACUCAGGAGAUUAAAGCAACACCAGAGAUGCAGAAGGCAGGGACGGCCCCAUCCUCACGGGGUCCCAGUGCCCCUGGCUCUCCAGCCACCUCCAUUGUGGCGAGAAUGGAUAAUCAGGUGAUCGGAUAUAAGGACCUAGCAGCCAUUCCUAAAGACAAAGCCAUACUGGAGGUGGAGAGACCCGACCUGAUGGUGUACGAACCUCAUUUUAACAUGUCGGAUCGGAUCAGUCUGUCCACCAGCCGAGAGAGAUCAAUGUCGCCUCAUUCCAGCUCCCCACCACCUUCUCCUGAGAUAAUCGUCUCUAAGGAGAAGGAGUGGUCAGAACACGACUCUCCAAGUGGAUCCGCCAUGGGCUCAACGGUGCAGCUCCGCAAAACAAGCACCUCGUCCAAGGGCCCCUUACAGCACUUCCACAGACCAGACAAUGGAAGCAACAUGUACAACAAGCCUCCGAUUUACAAACACGACGCAUCAGGAGCGUCGGGCAGUAAACACAAAGACGUCAUCCUGUCCUCUAAGUUCCCUGCAGCCCAACCUCCUGAUCCCAACCUGCCCUCUAAAAUAGAGACGGAGUACUGGCCCUGUCCUCCAUCGCUGGCUAGCAUGGAGAUCGAGUGGAAGAGGAAGGCCAUGGAGGAGGGGAAAGCUGUGGAGGACGAUGAUUUUGAGGAUCUAACCGAGGACGCGAAGAAGCUGCGGGAGCAGGAAAUCAACAAAAUCCAGUCCAACCUGGGGAAACUGAUCCUGAAGGAGGAAAUAGAGAAAUCAGUUCACAUCCGGAGGAAAACCCGAUCCCUGCCCGACAGGACACACAUGCUCAUGGGUUCAUCUGGCAUUGCUUCUAAAUCUGCCACUCUACCCCCCUGCAGUCGCUCAGGCCUCUCACGGCUGCAAUCUGCUGAUUUCAGCUCCACAGAUACUGACAAAACCAGACCAGGGAACCCAAACGGAGACGCUCAGAGAGGGAGAAUGGAUCGAGGAAGCUCACUGCCUAGCAUGCUGGAGCAGAAGAUCUAUCCGUAUGAAAUGCUCAUUGUGACCCACAGAGGGCGCUGUAAGCUUCCACCGGGAGUGGACAGGACCAGACUAGAGAGGCAUCUCUCUCCUGAAGAUUUCCUGAGUCUGUUCGGGAUGCCCAUGUCAGAAUUCGACCGCAUGUCGCUGUGGAAACGAAACGAACUGAAGAAAAAAGUUUCACUUUUCUAACACACACACACACACACACAGUCGUCUCAAUCUGAACUCUCCACGCGAACCAUUUCAACCCCCGACCGUCACAUCCAUCCCAGUCAGUAAUCCAGUCGUACUCCACCUCACUUCUAACUUCUACACAAACCAGACUCACGUUCUCAUCAUACAAGAUACUAAAAUACUAACUGAUCGUCCUGCUGGAGAUCCGCCGUCCUGCAACACACCCUCUGCAUUCGCUUAUAAUGAAAAAUAACAACAUAUGAGAUCUGAGCAGCACAGUGGGCAGCGCUGUCACCUCACAGCCAGAAGGUCCUGGGUUCAAUUCCUUUCUGUGUGGAGUUUGCAUGUUCUGGGUUUCCUCCUGUCUGGGGUGUUUCCUGCCUUUCGCUCAAUGAAUCAGACCCACUGAGACCCUGACCAGGAUAAAGCAGUGGUAAUCCAGACACUGAAUAAAUGAAUAAAUUAAUCUCUAAUAUGAUUCUAUUGUUUAUUAUUGAAUAAAUAAUAAGGAUUUUAAUUGUAAUACUCUGUUUAACACUGCCAUGGUGUGAAAAAGUAUUUACCCCCGUUUUUGUCGCACCAAAUGAUUUAUAUACUGUAUAUAUUAUAUUAUAUUUUAUAGUAAAACACACAGGACGAUCCCUAAAUCUUUGGGCUUGUGUUAUUGCACACAUCCAGAAUAAACAUUGAAUUGCGUCAGAGUGGAUGAGGUGUAAUUCCACCUUUUUGACACCAGGUGGCACCAGAAUUUUCACAUUGAUGUUUAUUAUGCUCCCAGCAGUGUUUCAACUGGGAGUCUGAUUUAUUAUGCUAAAGGCCCCAGACAGGUCGCCAGUUGUGGGAGGAAAGCUCUGUAACAGGGAGAACAUGCAAACUCCACACAAACCAAGGUCCUUCUUGCUGUUAGGCGACAGUGCCACCCACUGCACCAUCAUGUCGCCCCUGUACAUUCAGUCCUGAGCAAAAAUGUGGGCGUGUGCACAUAUCCUGCUGAUCUCCUAAAGCAUAUUUAAUAUAAAGUGUUACUGACAGUUUUUCUUUUAUCUCCCUUAUUUAUUCUACAGUAUUUUAAACGCUCUGUAGAUUUAUAAUGUGUCUAAAUAUAAAAUAAAAUACAAUCUGUUUAA